CCGCGCUCCCACAGACACGUGCCGUAGUGUACGAUGAACCAUUUUUGUUGUACAGAAAAUGUGAAUACAUCGACAUUGUUUGUAUUGUGAACUAUUUAUUGUGAGAGUGAAAACUUUUUAAGGUGAAAAUCGCAGCGAGAGACUUCGACUUCGAUUAAGAUGUUGUACCGAAGUCUGUUCGUGGUCGUUCUCAUCGUCCUCGCAUCGGCAGGAAAAGAACAAUCAAGAUGGUCGCGACAGUUAAGCUCAUACACGGCAGACAUCAGUGAUUGGGUGCCCCUUCCUGGACCUCUCGACAGAGAACCACUUCAACCUCAGAUACGUCGGCAAGCGAUCGCCGAACCAAGAAUACUUACCGAACCCUUCCCAGGCUUCACGCGACCAACUGGAUUCAGCCAAGAGGGCUUCCCACCUAGACCAGUAUUUAACUCGCAUCCAAACAGACAGUUAUAUCUUCAAGCAGUACCAUCCGCUCCACAGAACUAUCUGUCGGAUCAAGGAUUCGGACAAGCCAUCAAAUUUGGUUUAAAUCAACCAAACUUUCCUCUAAAUCAAGGCUUUUUGUCUCCACAGUUCAACUUUGAUAACGUGCCACAAAUCAAUGCUAGACCUCCGGGUAUAAAAUCAGGACAGCUACCACCACAGUCAAACAAACCCAUCAUUCCUCCGGCACCUAGACUGAAACCUGAUAUACCGCAAUUUGUAGAUGGGUACCGUUUAGAAAAUUACACUGAUAUAUACAGCUCCAAGAAAAAAGCACCGUCUAUGCAAAAUAUAAAAUUUCAAUCUUUCGAUAAACCAAGAGAUAUAAUUCCUCAAGGAAAACCAAAAGUUGAAAGAGAAGAAGUGCAGCUUUUGUAUGUCCCUUUAGAAUCAUUGAAUAAAGGACAAUACAACUUCAGAAACCCUUUGACAUCAUCGCAAACCUUAAGUUCAGAUUUGUACCAAAAUCAAAGAUUAAAUCCACUAAAACAAAAUCUCAUACAUGAUACAUUUAAUUCACACGAAGCUUUGCAGAAUUUCAAUAGCCAAUUGGUUGGGUUAGAGCAAGGUUCAAGAUUUGUGACAAGUCCACCCACAUUCCCUACACCACAAUCAACAACUUUAAAGCCAAAGAAGUUAAAACCUCACCAGCCACCAUUAGCUAUAUUCUUAACGCAAGAUACAAAGAAAGAAAAUGAGAUAAAUGUUGGCGAUGUGUUGCAUUCUCUUAAAACUGCUGGCUCGGUGGCUGUUCUGGACUCUGUAAAUCCUGCAAACGCACCUCAAGUAUUCAUUGGACCAUCUACUCUUGUACCACCAGAGAGAUACGUCAAAUUCGAAUUGCCUUAUUUAUCUAAUAUCGAAAAUAUUGACAAGAAAUUACGCCAGUUGCCAUUUUUUGUAGCACCCCUUAGUUAUAAUACACCUCAAGGAUUUGCUAAAAUUCCGUUCCCUUCUCCUCAUGUAGGUUCUGUUGUGAUAAACUCACAAAUAAAAGACGCAACCGAUGCUCCUCCACAGCAUAAAAUAACUGAACCUUAUCCAAAUCCAUACCUUAGACCAUCUGCAUAUAACGUGCAAUCUAAUCAACAACAAAAUAUUGUAACCCAAAAGCCGAGAAUAACAUUUUAUAGUACUGCUUCUCCGAAUACAAAUACACCUCUAAACUAUCAACAAAACUAUUAUUCUUUAGAACAACAAACAGUUAACACGGUCCGGCCUUCACAAGAAAAUCAAGAUUCUGUUACAAUCGCCCCAAGACCUGGUUCGUAUUUCUUAAGUAAUACCAGAAAUCAACAUAAGCCCUCGCAAUAUGUCAAUUUCCCAAAUGAAAAUACAGGAACUGAGCAAAUCAAGUACAAUUUUGUGCAACAAACAGAAACAACUACUACGCCGCGAACAACGAUUACAACAACAUCCAGACCUACUUCUACCCAUCCCAGCCAAUUAUUAGAAACUCAUAACCCGUAUUCAAUAAAUCACGCUUUCGCCUUCAAUGCUCCGAUCGAAUACCACAAUUUCUUUGAAGAUCAAAAACAAACAUAUGCUCCUCCAAGCUCGACUUUUCCAGCAACAACACCUCUUUCAGUAAGUCAACCAUCGAAUCCAGCUUUAAAUACAAACGCUGUAGAAACACAUACAAAACAAAGAUAUCCUUCCAACUAUUUACAAAAUUAUUCUCCAGAAAUUCACUAUGAGACAGAAACACAAAGCUCAGGACGGCCAUCAUAUAAUAGCAAUGAUUUGUCCAAUACUAAGAAUGAACAAUUACCCACAAUUGAACAUAAGGAACCAGAAACAAAAAAUGAACCAUCUUCAGCUCACAGAAAACCAGAUACAUAUCGUCAGCCCAAUAUGUCUAAUCGACAAGCACAAACAUCAUAUCGAAAACCAGAACCAUCGCAUCGACAACCCGAAACUUUAUACAAACAACCGGAAAUUUCUUACCAGCAGCAUGACACACCUAACACUCAACACGAAACGUCUUACAGACAACCUGAAUCACCAAACAGACAAAUUGAAACGUCUAACCGUCAACCGCAAACAAUAUACAAGAUGGUCCAACAAAUAGAAAACGUUCAACCUGAAACCAAUAAUCAAAAUGAAUUCCAACAAUUACAUGCUCCAAAUUCUUAUUAUAAAAAUGAGGAUUUAAAUAACCCUUCAUCUAUGUAUCAAAGUGAACCCACACCAUCUACAAACGUUAAAACUGAUGAAAUGGAAGCUUAUGUAAAAGAAGAUAGGCCGGUAGAUUAUGAAUUAACUAAAACAUCUCAUCGUUAUGGCAUCAACAAAUACAGUAAUGAAGACACAAGAUCAUCAGAGACUAGUAGUUCUACCACAACCACGACACAUACACCCACUACCAGAAGAACACUAAGAACAAGAGGUAGACCACGAUAUACGUCAACAACUGUCAGAACCGAUGCUAGUGAUUAUACCACACGCACUACAAUUACACGAAGACCCUUUAGAGAGAGAAGACCAAUUACAUCUAGGCCAAGGUAUGAUGCAAACAAAAUUACAUCCGACAAAGUAACAAAAGAUUCUUCCGAAAAUCUUGAAACUACAUCAAAAUCACCUAUAACUAGAACUAGAGGGCGAAUUCAAUUUAAGCCUAGUGUGGGCGAUGAUAACAUUUAUGAUAAGCGAUCAAAAAAGAAGGAAAAUGAAAAAGACUUAGCCUAUCAAAGAGACGUUCUCCAUCAAAACUAUCCAGUGACUCUUAUGGAACGCACGAGUACAGUUGAUAUUGAAGCUAUAACCGAGCCAACGGGAAAAUUGGUCGGACCAACUAGUAUUGAUGAAUCUUCUGCAUAUGAUACGGACAAUGCGUAUAGUAAUGACAAGUUGUCAAUAACUGAACACAGUAUUGCCGAAUUGACAGGAGAUAAUUACUCUUCCAAAGAAGUUUUGGGUAUAGACAACCGAUAUAUUCCACAAGAAAAUUCAGAACAGAAUGAAGAAAAUAUCCACCUCACAAAAACUAGCGCAUCACCACACGAAAGCACAAUUUAUGAACAAAGUGAUAAUACCCAAAGCUUGACACAAGAGAAGCCUGAUAGUGAAAAUUAUGCAGUAACAGAAUCGAACAGUCCAAGUGAAACUCAAAAAGAUGAUUACAUUUCUGACAGCCAUGAAACUACAACCGCACAAGAAAUUCUGGUAGAAAAAUCCUUUAAUCAAGACGGUUCUGACGAAAAACAUCAAGGAGAAAAUGUAGUUGAAACAACCCCAUCCUAUAAUAGAGUGAGGAUUCGUCCAGGACUAAUAAGACAGUACCAUCAAUCAGCGCCACCUGAAGCAUCAAAACAAAGCAGAAAGAAAUUGUCUCAGCCAAUAACGUACAGGCCAGCCUUUGACAGAAGACGCACAACUAUGCGAAUUGAAGAAAUAGAAGCAGAUUUGAAGACAAAACAAGUUCAUUCUCGUCCAGAAAUAGAUGAACAUAGGCACCCAGUAUAUAAACCUGAUUUCUCCACUGAACUACCCGCAACGUCGACUUCUGAUAUAGGGAAGCGUGGGCAAUUGAGGCGCAGAAAACCAGUUUAUACGACGACCACCACAGAGGGAGCGGCAAGAAGGCCUUAUGAUGUUAAAAAUAGAUUCCGAGGAAGACGCCCAACAGAGAAGCCCACUGAAACUUCUGAAUUAGUAACAGAAGGUUCUACUUCAACAACUUUACGAAGCACACUUUAUAAUAGACACAGUCAGAGAACCAAACUCUCUGAUAGAUAUAAUAAACAACCUGCACAGGAGGACACUAAUUCUGAGGACCAGGAACUUAAUUAUUCAAUUCACAGACCAAAAUAUGCUACCCCAGACUCUGAACGUUGGUCACCCAAAAUAUCAAAGGAUACUUUUAUGCCAUUUAAUCCAAAUGACAUUGCAGAAGAGGAAAAAAUAGAUUCUACAAGUAAUGCUCAUGAAGAAGAGACUGAUAUAAUUACGGCUAGAAAUGAAUUAAAUGAAGAUAUUCUUGUCUCAGUCACUCCAGCAAGUAACAACGAAAAAAAUAAGAAGGUACCCGAUAUACCACCAACUCUAGAGGCAUACGUCGAACAAAGUAAAGUCACGAAAUCAGAUACAAGCGAAUCCGUGUCUACAUUUGAAAGCAUGUUGGAGGAAGUAAUGAAAAGUUUAGAAGAGCAAGAUGAAGACGAAUACACGAAUAAAGUUAUGAAGCACAAAGGUGGGGAAAUUGGUGAGAUACCCCCCGAGAAGGUGAUAUCAUCGGGCGAAAAUUACUCACUUAAAUCAACAACACCAGUUCAAGAAGAGACGACUAGAAUUAAUGACGAUUCAAUGGACAGAACAAGUCAAGAGGAGCCUGAUCGCAAGAGUCGUCGCCGUGGAUACUGGAAAAAAGUAAAAGUGCGUCCUGCGACAGAAUCCAUUGAAGUAGCGGAAUCACAAUACUACACAAACACAGUUAACCAACUAGGAGAAAGUGUGGCAAAAAUAUCCAAUGACAAAUCUAAUCCAAACACUAAAAACAAAAUCACUGUCACUACAUACAAACCCAGCUACCAAUUCAUAAAGGAUUUCUUCGAAAACGGAGAUGAUGCUUUUGACAUAACAGCAGAUUUAGAUAUUCCCAAAAUUAAUGCAACACAAACAUACAACGUCGGAAUCGAAGAUGAAAAAGUGGGCACAACCGAAGGCUUGACAAAAGAAACUAGUAUAAUUAAUGACUUAAAUCCAGGUGAUAUGGAUCUAGGAACUGGCACUCCUGAUCCAACAUUAGAAGAUGCAGCUCUAUACAUAGAACCUACAGAACAGCAAGCCCAGAUAGAUAGAUCGGACGGAUUUAGCUUUAUGGAAUACCUGUUUGGUGUAAAUUCACACGAGGAAGCUACACUAAACAAAAAUGAUACAAUAAAUAAAUCUAUUUUGAGAGAAAAUGAACCAGAAACUACAAAAGCCACAACAGAAGGCAGUUUUAUACCUGAAGAAAUAACAGCGGAAUCUGCAACAGACAGCAAGACAAUAGAUGACCAAACUGAAUUGGUAGACAAAGUAGAGAGCUCAUCAAUGUCCAGCUUCAUGGAUCCAACAAACGUGAUCAGUACUUCAAUGUCCACAGAAGUAUCUCAUGAAACAGAAAUAUGUUUUCGAGGCAAAUGUAUUAAGACAAAGAAAGACCUGUUAUAAAAUUCAAUGGUGCUAAAUGUGUUCAAAGUUAGUGUUAUUGGUGACUUAGUGAAAUUGUAAAGUGACUAUAAUAUUACUUUUGUAGAUAUAAUUAUACUAAUAAUUAAAGUCACAAAAGGUUGGGAAUGUAAAGGCCCCCAGAGAAGUGAAAUAGAUAUAUUUAGUCUUGGUGAAAGAACCAAACUUGUUUACUUUAUUGUCACAGUAAAUCCAACUUGUAUAACUACACUAAAAUUGUAUAGGGAAUUUUUUUUUUUUUUAUUUCUUUGUAACAGACAAACUUAGAACUACUAAACCUGUUUUUAAAAUUAUUUCACUUGUUGUAGCUACAUUAUCAACAUGUAAAUAUAAUUAAAAAAAAAGAUAUCCUUACAAAAAAUUGCUACAGUGUAAUAAUAUAUAAAUAGGUUUUAUAGCCAAUAUUGGCUUGCAACACUUUGCUGUUAAACAAGAACAAGGCGUUAUAUUAUUUUAGUUCUUAUCGAAUUCAGCCCCAAUGUAGUGGGGCAAUAGCAUUACUAUUGUGAACUGAAGGGCACAGAUUAAAAAAGAAAAUCGUGUAAAUAGUAGUUCCACACACAAUUAUUGCUUUAUCUUUUGAGAAUAUACUCAGGGAACUAUACUAUUGAUAUUUUUUUUUCAAGAUAAGUAAGGUUAGUGGUAACGAAAGUGUUAUUAUAAUGAGAUGUAAAUUGCUUUUAUAUUUUUAUACUGUUUACUGACUGAAGUAUUUUAACCUUGUAGAUUAAGUUAAUUAUUAUAUUAUAAACUAUUUAUUUUACUUUUUCUAUAUUAAUACUAUUUAAUAUGUACUUAUCAUUGUUGUAAGUUUCUACGCCCACCCAAAGGAUUUGAUCCACAAUAUGUGGCUAUACCAAUUACUUGUAACUGAAAAAUAAAACAUUAUAAUAUUAA